AUGUCCGGUCGCGGCUUGUCGCUCUCCGCGGCGAGCGGUGGCCACCCGUGCCCGCUCGCCGGAUCCGCCGUUUCUCAGGAAAUGGCUGCACUGCAACCAUCGUUCUCGUCGCUAAUGGCUAUGAACAAUAGCUGCAACACCAUGAAGUUCCCCAAAACUGCACUUUUGCCUGGUUUCGGUGGCAUUUCGCGCCCUCAAGAUGUGCAGGACAGGAAUGCUAGCCUCACCUGUUCAAGGCCUAAGGCAGUUUCACUGACUGAUCAGUCAGUAGCAGAGCCAACAAAACCCAGGCAAUCGAAACAUACAGUUGAUCCUGCUGCUCCAGAAUUUCUGCCGCUCCCAGCAUUUGAAGAUUGCUUCCCACGGAGCACCAAAGAAUGCAGUGAAGUCGUUCAUGAGGAAUCAGGUCAUGCCCUGAAGGUUCCAUUUCGGAGAGUCCAUUUGACCGGAGAUAGCGGGCAUUUCGACACAUAUGACACCAGUGGUCCACAGAACAUAAGCCCAAGGCUUGGACUCCCAAAGAUAAGAAAGGAAUGGAUUGACAGGAGGGAGAAAUUGGGUAGUCCUCGGUACACCCAAAUGUACUAUGCUAAGCAGGGAAUCAUAACAGAGGAGAUGCUGUACUGUGCCAAACGUGAGAACCUUGCUCCUGAAUUUGUCCGAUCUGAAGUCGCCCGUGGACGAGCCAUUAUCCCUUCCAACAAGAGGCACCUGGAAUUGGAGCCCAUGAUUGUUGGAAGAAACUUCCUUGUGAAGGUGAAUGCAAACAUCGGGAACUCAGCUGUUGUGAGCUCCAUCGAGGAGGAAGUCCACAAGCUCCAGUGGGCCACAAUGUGGGGAGCAGAUACUGUCAUGGACCUUUCAACAGGGCGCCAUAUCCAUGAGACCCGGGAAUGGAUUAUUCGUAACUCCUCCGUUCCUAUUGGAACUGUUCCGAUUUACCAAGCACUUGAGAAAGUGAAUGGUAUCGCUGAAGACCUUAGCUGGGAAGUCUUCAGGGACACUUUAAUUGAACAAGCCGAGCAGGGUGUUGACUACUUCACCAUCCAUGCUGGUGUGCUGCUUCGUUACAUUCCUCUCACAGCAAAGAGGAUGACUGGCAUAGUUUCACGCGGUGGAUCAAUCCAUGCAAAAUGGUGCUUGACGUAUCACAAGGAGAACUUUGCUUAUGAGCACUGGGAUGACAUUCUUGACAUAUGUAACCAGUAUGAUGUGGCAUUGUCAAUUGGUGAUGGCCUGAGGCCUGGUUCCAUUUAUGAUGCUAAUGAUAGCGCUCAGUUUGCAGAACUGCUGACUCAAGGGGAACUAACUCGCCGAGCAUGGGAGAAAGAUGUGCAGGUGAUGAAUGAAGGUCCUGGGCAUAUUCCGAUGCAUAAAAUUCCUGAAAAUAUGGAGAAACAGCUAGAGUGGUGCAACGAAGCACCUUUCUAUACGUUGGGUCCAUUGACAACUGAUAUUGCACCUGGUUAUGAUCACAUCACCUCAGCCAUUGGUGCCGCCAACAUUGGGGCUCUUGGCACCGCACUUCUCUGUUAUGUAACACCAAAGGAGCACCUUGGGUUGCCUAACAGGGAUGAUGUUAAGACAGGUGUGAUAUCCUACAAAAUCGCUGCUCAUGCUGCUGAUUUGGCAAAGCGUCACCCCUAUGCACAAGCAUGGGAUGAUGCACUAAGCAAGGCAAGGUUUGAGUUUAGAUGGUUGGACCAAUUUGCUUUAUCCCUGGAUCCAGUUACUGCAAUGUCUUUCCAUGAUGAAACACUGCCAUCUGACGGUGCCAAAGUAGCACAUUUCUGCUCAAUGUGUGGUCCCAAGUUUUGCUCGAUGAAAAUCACCGAGGAUAUUAGAAAGUAUGCUGAUGAACAUGGUUAUGGGACAGUAGAGGAAGCUGUGAGGCAAGGAAUGAGUGAGAUGAGUGCUGAAUUCUUGGCUGCAAGAAAAACAAUUAGUGGCGAACAACAUGGUGAAGCUGGAGGGGAAAUCUAUGUGCCAGAAAGCUACGUAGUUCAAAAAUAA